AUGCUCUUAUCUGUGCCUGUUGCUGCCUCUGAAGACAAGACCUCAGCUUCUAAGAGAGCUGCGUCCGGCCCUGGUGGAAAUAACCAGACUGGCACGCCAGCUACUCCCUCCCCCAGUCGCUCUAGAAGAUUACCCUGCCGACCGGGUAUUGUUUGGAGACCAUGCGAAAGACUGGAAGCAAUGGAUUUCCUGCACAAAUGGUAUCCUGCGAAAAUAGUCACUGUUCGGGAAGAAGAUUUAAUGGUUCUGAUUCACUUUGAAGGAUGGAACCAACGCUAUGAUGAAUGGGUGGAGAUGAAAAGUGAACGUCUAAGACCAAUGAGCCGGCACUCAGAACGAAAGGAAAAAAAAAAACUAAUGACUUCACGGAAGGUUGGUGACCAUGUAUUGGCAAAAUGGUCAGACUGCAAAAUGUAUCCAGCAAAAAUAUUAUCAAACAAAUUGCCAGCUGGAUAUGAAGUGCUUUUUUAUGAUGGCUUUAAGAAAUUGGUUCAACCUUCAAAUAUCCAAACACUACCUCCAGAUUUCAAGAAAAUGGAUCCAAUUCCAAACCAGCCUGCAAUUGGUGGAAGCAAUACUGAAGAGAGUCUGUCUUCUAUGCCGCCUUCCCUUGUACAGAGUGUCAGCAAGGAGGCUCCCACACAGGCAAAACAACCCAAAAAAAAUAAAACCACAGUGAAAGAAACUCCAGCAAUAGACUCCAAAUUAUCAGGUGUGGUUCGGGAGCGUCGAGCCUCCUCUGCGUCAUCUACAUCAAGCUCGGGAACUGUCUCUGUGGACAGUACAGAGAAAUUGAAAGAAAAGAAAAGAGAUUCUUCUAUGGCAGAAAGUUCUAAAAAAGAGGGAAAGAAGAAAGAAAAGUCAAAUGUGUUUCCAAACAAACGGCGACAAAGGCUGAUUGUAGCUGGUGCCUUUCUUGCCAAGCGGGAUAUAAAGAAGAAAUCCCCACCUGUGUCAACUUCCAAACAAUCCCUGACAAAAUUCAAAGCACCAACAGGGAAAUCGAAGCUUUUAGCAGAGAAGGAACCAAAUUUGGCCUCUAUCCAUCAUCAUCCAACUGCUGCUGUUCAGGAAAAUGUCCCCAAGAAGCGGGUUAAACUUUCUGAAAAGGAAAAGGGAGAAAAAGGUUCAACAGAUUCAGAACAUUCCCAAAAGGCCAAAUCUGAAGGUUCUUCAAAACGACGCCACUCACAAUUUUAUGCCUAUCCCUCUCUUGACAGCACUUCAACAUUGGACAGUCCAGGACAUUUUUCCCAUGAAGACAGUUGCAGUGCUGAUCUUAUGGAAGAAGAGAGUGAGGCUCCUCCAAGCGGAAAACGACAUAACAAGAGGAGUAAAAACAAUUCUUUCAGUGGUGAGUAUCAAUUAAUCUUUUCAUCUGCCACCAUUCAAACCUUUUUUAAACUUCAAAUUACUCCCCCCGCCGCCUAA